CCUUGAGACGUAACAGAAAAGCAAGUGAUAUAAAGGAGAAAAAUUCCCCUAAAGAAAAACUAACCCAAUCCCACAUCUACUAGGGAAAACAGGGGUAGGUAGAUAUGUUACCAAAUGGGGAGGAUGAUUCGGAUCUUAUGCGUCUGGUGAAGGAGCUUCAAGCUUCUCUAAUGAAGAACGAUAAGCUGGAGAAAGAAAAUCACGAGCUGCGUCAAGAAGUGGCUCGCCUACGAGCACAAGUAAGCAAUCUUAAAGCACAUGACAAUGAGAGGAAAUCAAUGUUAUGGAAGAAGUUGCAGAGCUCAUAUGAUGGUGGCAACACAGACGCAUCUAAUCUGAAAGCGCCAGAGAGUGCCAAACCCAACAUAAAGGGACAUGAGGUAAAGAAUCCAAACCUGAAGCCAAUGGUCAAAGAACAAUCUACAGCAAUAAAGCCGCCUCCGCCUCCACCACUUCCAUCAAAAACAACACUUGGAAAAAGGUCCGUGCGUCGUGCUCCAGAAGUUGUAGAGUUGUAUCGUGCCCUCACGAAGAGAGAGUCUCAUAUGGGUAACAAGAUCAAUCAGAACGGAGUUUUGUCUCCUGCGUACAACGCAAACAUGAUUGGUGAGAUUGAGAACCGCUCCAAAUAUCUUUCAGAUAUCAAAUCAGACACUGACAGACACAGAGAACAUAUCCAUUUCCUAAUCAGUAAGGUGGAUGCUGCAACAUUUACAGACAUAUCAGAAGUGGAGACGUUUGUGAAAUGGAUAGACGACGAACUAUCUUCCUUAGUUGACGAAAGGGCAGUCCUAAAGCAUUUCCCUAAAUGGCCAGAACGUAAAGCAGAUUCACUAAGAGAGGCUGCUUGCAGCUACAGAGCGCUAAAGAGCCUUGAAACUGAGAUUUUGUCGUUCAAGGAAAAUCCAAAGGAACCUCUAAAGCAGGUCUUGCAAAAGAUUCAGUCGUUACAAGACAGGUUAGAAGAAGCUGUUAACAGCACAGAGAGGACAAGAGACAGCACAGGGAAGAGAUACAAGGAUUUUCAGAUACCGUGGGAGUGGAUGCUCGACGCAGGAUUGAUCGGACAGCUAAAAUACAGCUCGUUGAGGCUAGCUCAGGCGUACAUGAAGCGAAUAACCAAGGAGCUGGAAUCAAAUGGAGGCGGUAAAGAAGGGAAUCUAUUGCAUCAAGGGGUCAGAUUUGCCUACACAAUACACCAGUUUGCUGGCGGUUUUGACGAAGAGGCAUUACGCAUAUUUAACGAGCUAAAGAAGAUGGCUACAAGUGAAUCCCAGAAGAUAAAUAAGUAACGGUUCACAAAUUAAGAAAAAAAAGAACUCCGAGUCGAUUUUGUGCAGCAUCAACUAAGAGAGUGAACCAUGUUGUAAUCUAGCUUUUAAGAUUACACACAAGACGUGUAAAAGAGACUAUAGCCUAAGUUAUUGCUCUGUUCAAGUCUUACUUAGAUAUCAAUGUCUAUGUAUCUAUGAAUGUCACACUUGAAUCAAGGAAGUAUAAUUAGCAUUGAAA